AUGCCAGACCAGACCUCGAGGACUUCUACUACCACCCAGCAGGGGCAGGAUGCAGCACCGCGGCCAAGGGGCAUCCUCAAACAGUCUGCCAUGGCGAUAUCGACAGUGACACCGCAGGCAGACCCCGCACAUAUGUCCCUAUCGCCGCUCGAGAACAAGGAGCUCACACUACAGAAUACGAUGCAAAAUGCCGGUUUGAGCACGAAACAGCGAGCUCGCGCUUCCUCACGUCGGAAAUCGUCAAGCUCCAAGGCCUCGAAUGGCGAUGAAGAGGCGGACAACUCACCCCGGUUGAAGUGGGACGAGGCCAAUCUAUAUCUUACCGAACAAGAGCGGUCCUCGACUAUGGAGAUAGACGAACCCAAGACACCGUAUGUGCAGAACUACGACUACCAUGAGGAGGAGGACAUGGAUCUGGGAGCGGAUAUUGGGUUCCACGUUGAAGGUGUUGCGGUUGACGAGCUGGAUAUGAACAAGAGCCGAGCGGGAACGAGCAAGAGCAAGGCGAGGGAUGAGAUACCGGAUCUAGAACUUGGGGAGCCAGAGGAGGAUACGUGGAAGGACGUCAGGGCUAGUGAAGCGGACAGGAUCAUACGGGAGCGAAGCCUGAGCUUUGGCAGCACGGGCAGCAAGAAACGGGUUGUUGUGGGAGACGGCAAGGAUGGCCCUGACCUUGACCCGAACAACCAGGAGGAGGUACAGAAGCACCAUGAUUUCGAAGAGAAGCGGAAGAAGCAUUAUGAGAUGGCUGGGAUCAAGAACUUGCUUGGACAUCCAGAGAAACUCGACGAUGUCAUGGGUGAGGGCGAGGGCGAUGACGAUGACGAUGACGAGGAGGACGAACCUGCCCCGAGGGUUCCUCCAGCCGUUCCAAAGAUCCCAGAACAGUUUGCGAAACAGUCUCAUUAG